GAUGGAUCCCAAGUACAAGGACAUCCUCCGAAACCUGCGUCUUGAAUUGUGUUCCCACGCCGUGGCCGACGGGCUCGUUCCGCAGUACCUGUACCAGGAAGGCGUCAUCACCCGCGAGCAGCUGGAGGACAUAAGUGGCCAGGCCACCAGCCAGAGGAGAGCCAUGAAGCUCUUGGACAUCCUGCCGUCUCGCGGACCGAAGGCGUUUGACGUCUUCCUGGACUCGCUGGCGGAAUUCCCGUGGGUCCGGGAGAAUUUACAGCAGCACAUCAAGAAGAGCCCUCUGGAGAGCAAGCCCAUGGAAUUGCCCGCCAAUGUCUUACAGAACUGCCCCAACGACCAGCAGCUGAACCUCCUGGCGGGAAAGCUGGGUUUGGAAUGGGAGCAGGUUCUGGGCCACCUAGGGCUGGACCACGGCGAUGUGUACAGGUGUAAAGUACAACAUCCCGGCAACCUGCACUCGCAAGUCAUGGAAGGACUCGUGAAAUGGAAACAACACAUGGGACGCAGGGCCACCAUACAACAUCUGUGGGAAGCUUUAGAAGCCGCUGAGAUGGAUCCUUCAGAAAUUAAACUGAUUUUACAAUGACGUUCCUC